AUGGCGCCAGGUAGGGGUGCUGGCGGGGAUGGUAUUGAGGAUACCACGGCCAAACAUUUAUUGGAUAGCAUAGGGAAAAAAGUGCACGACAAAGCAAAAAAUGCUGCUUUAGAUCGUAGUAAUAGUGAUUUGCAAGGAUUUUUGUCAGAAGCAAAAUUUGAGAAAAAUGAAAGCGAUCCACAAACACCAGGAGAUCCAUGCCAACUUCAAUAUGAAUAUCAUACUAAUGUUACCCUUGGUUAUGAUAAAGAAAAUCCUUGUAAAAAGAGAUCGGACGUUCGUUUUUCUGAUACAAAAGGAGCAGAAUGUGAUAAUAGAAAAAUAAGGGAUAGUGAAAAGAAAAGCAAUUAUGGAGCAUGUGCUCCAUAUAGACGGUUACAUCUAUGUGAUCAACAUUUGGAAAAAAUCAAUCGUUACGAUAAAGUUAAUAAUCACACAUUAUUGACAGAUGUGUGUCUUGCAGCAAAAUUUGAAGCAGAGUCAUUAAAAACAUAUCGUGGACAACAUCAACUGACUAAUGAGGGUUCUCAAAUAUGUACUGUAUUGGCACGAAGUUUUGCAGAUAUAGGAGAUAUCGUACGCGGCAAAGAUCUGUAUCUUGGUAAUAAUAAAGAAAAAAAGCAAUUAGAAGAGAAUUUAAAAAAAAUUUUCAAAGAAAUAUAUGACAAAUUGGAUGGGAAGAACGGGAAGAAGACGCUACAAGAACGCUACAAAGGUGAUACUACAAAUUAUUAUCAAUUACGAGAAGAUUGGUGGAAUAUCAAUAGAAAAAAAGUAUGGGAUGCUAUCACAUGCGGCGCUGCGGGUGGUACAUAUUUUAGAAAAAGAGCGUGUUCUAGUUAUUAUCCAACUGGAGAAGACUGCCGAUGUGUGGCAAAUGUUCCCACAUAUUUCGAUUAUGUGCCGCAGUAUCUUCGCUGGUUCGAGGAAUGGGCAGAAGAUUUUUGUCGUAAAAAGAAGAAAUAUGUUGAUAUAGUUAAAACAAAUUGUCGUGGAGAAAGUGGUAAGGAUAAAUAUUGUAGUGGUGAUGGAUUUGAUUGCACAAAAACUGUUAGAGCAAAAGGUAUCUAUGCUAUAGGUGAUGAUUGUCAUAAAUGUUCUUUUUGGUGUGGUUUUUAUAAAAAAUGGUUAGCAAACCAAAAACAAGAAUUUCUAAAACAAAAAAAAAAAUGUGAAAAUGAAAUGUUAAGUAUAAGUAAGAAAAAACAAAGUACAAAAUAUAAUGUUUAUGAAGGAUAUGAUGAAGAAUUUUAUAAAAUACUUAAAAGUGGCGAAGUUGGAGGCCUUAAUAAAUUUUUGGAAUUAUUAAAGGAACAAUCUGAAUGUAAUCGUUUUAGUACAGACGAAGGAAUAAUUGAUUUUACUAAAGCUAAUGAUAAACCUAAUGAAGAAAAAGGAACAUUUUAUCGUUCGAAAUAUUGUGAAGAAUGUCCCGAAUGUGGGGUCGAAAAGAAAGAUAAUGGAGAAUUUCAAAAGAAAGAGAAAAAUAAUGGUGAAUGCGAUGGUAAAAAACUUUAUGAGAUUCCAAUAGACACAAAGCACAACGUUAUACCUGUCCUUUCCUUCGGUGAUGAACGUGAUCAGAUAAAAAAUAAAAUAAACACUUUUUGUACUAAAAAGGAUAAUAAUAGAGAAAUGGAGGAACUAACUGAACAAUGGAAAUGUUAUAAAGAGGAUGAUAUAAAAAAACACGUUGAGAAUGACUAUAAAGACGAUGUAAAUGGUUCAGGUGGAAUAUGUAUAUUGGAAAAGACGAACGGCGACAAAAAUGGGAAAAAGCAAAAGACAUUCAAUGAUUUUUUUCACUUUUGGGUACGACAUUUAUUGAACGAUUCUAUAGAGUGGAGAGAAGGACUUAAAAAAUGUUUACAAAAUGAUAAGAAAACAUGUAUAAGGAAAUGUAAUGAUAAUUGCAAAUGUUAUGAAAGCUGGGUUCAACAAAAAAAAACCGAAUGGAAUGCAAUAAAAGAACAUUUUGACCAACAAAAAGAUAUUUGUCAACAACAAGGAAUUCUUGGCGAUAGAAUCAAAUCUCCUUAUUUUGUUCUUGAAUUGGUUUUGGAAUUAGAAUAUUUUCCACUUAUUAAAGAAGCUUAUGGAGAUGCACAAGCAAUAGAAGGAAUUAAUAAAACGUUGGAUAAGAAAAAACAAGAAGAGGGAGUGUUGGGUGCUUCCAAUGAGGAAACAAUAAUUGAUUACUUGCUCGACCACGAAUUAGAAGAAGCCGAUAAAUGUGUAAAAAAAAAUCCACUCGAUAAAUGCAACCAACAAAAAAAACAAAAACAACAAGAACAAGAUACCGGUCCCGCCCGCUCCAACACUUCCGCCGACACCCCACGUAAUGGCCCCACUGUUGAGGAAGUCGACUCCGAAGAAGAACUCGAAAACGAAGAAGAGGGGGAGGAAGGAACGCCACCGGAGGAAAACGGAGGCGGAGGCGGCGCGGAGGCGAAGGACACGGACAGGAAGGGGGACAGGAAGGUGAAGGAGACCACAGAGGUAACAAAAGAUGUGGUGACACCAGCUUGUGAAAUAGUGGACAAACUCUUUCAGAACCCCCAACAAUUUAAAGAAGUCGCAUGUAACCAAAAAUAUGGUUACCCACAACGGCAUUGGGGUUGGCGGUGUGUGGCACCAAGUGAUACCACUAAAACAACGGGUAGUGAAACCGCUGGUAGUCGUACUACACGUGCUGCCGAUGGUGCCGAACCCACACGUGAUGAUGGUAAUGGUGAUGGUGCCGGCGGUGCCCCUGCCAAAAGUGGUGGUAGUGGUGCCACCACCACUAGUAGUGGUAGUAUUUGUGUGCCACCCAGGAGGCGACGACUAUACGUGGGGGGAUUAACGAAGUGGGCGGAGAAACAGUCGUCACAGGGGGGUGGUGCCCCACAGGUUUCCCCUUCGGCGACCGCGUCGUCGGGGUCACAGAGUGACCCGCUCCUCCUUACCGCCUUCGUGGAAUCUGCUGCAAUAGAAACUUUUUUCUUGUGGGAUAGAUAUAAAAAAAUAAAAGAAAAGGAAAUAGAGGAAAAAAAAAAACAAGAAAAUGAAAAAUAUAAUAUAUUAGGGGUCAAACAAGAAGAUAUAUUAUCUGACCAAGAUCAUCCACAAAAGAAAUUACAAAAAAGUGGUGAAAUCCCCAACGAUUUCUUGCGGCAGAUGUUUUAUACUUUAGGGGAUUAUAGAGAUAUUUUAGUACGUGGUGGGCACAAAACAAACGGUGUUCACACAAACAGUGAUAAGACAAAUAUUGUGCUUCUUGCAAGUGAAAACAGAGGGGAAAUGGAGAAAAUACAACAAGAAAUAGAUAAAAUUCUCAAACAAAGUGGUACCGAAGCUACUAGUGGUGCACAAGAAAAUAGUGUCACAACCCCCCAACAAACCUUGUGGAAAGACUUCGCCCCCCAAAUCUGGAAUGGAAUGAUAUGUGCUUUAACCUAUGAAGAUAGUGGCGACAAAGGCGGAAAACCAACACAAAAUGAGCAAGUGAAAGGACAACUGUUGGAAAGUGAUGGCAAAAAACCCAAAAAAGACAAAUACGGCGACUACGAUAAAGUGCAACUUAAAGAAGAAAAUGAUACGGAAGUCAAAGGCCAAGACGGACUAACCCCCCAAACCACCCACCUGUCCAAAUUUGUGUUACGCCCCCCCUACUUCCGUUACCUUGAAGAAUGGGGUGAAACAUUUUGUAGAGAAAGGAAAAAGAGGUUGAAACAAAUAAAACAUGAAUGUAAAGUAGAAGAAAAUGGUGAUCGUCGUCGUGGUGGUAUAACAAGACAAUAUAGUGGGGAUGGGGAAAGUUGUGAAACUAUUAGUAAUCAUGAUUAUAGUAAAGUUUCGGAUUUAGAAAAACCGAGUUGUGCCAAACCUUGCAGUUCUUAUAGAAGAUGGAUAGAGAGAAAAAAGGACGAAUUUAUUAAACAAAAAGAUAGAUACCAAACGGAAAGUGAUAAAGUUAGAAGUGAUAAUGGAUUUUCUAAAACACUAAGAAACUACAAUGACGCUGCACAAUUUUUAAAAAGGUUAAAAAACGGACCAUGUAAAAAUAAUGAUAAUGGAGAAGGUAAAAUAGAGUUUAAUGAAAAAAGUGAAACAUUUCAGCAUACAGAUUAUUGUGGUACAUGUUCUUUAAUUGGAGUUAAAUGUAAAAAAGGUCAUUGCGACAAUGCUGCUAAUGGAAAGGAUUGCCCCACGGGAAAGAUUACUGCAGGAAGUUUUGGAAAUGAAGGAGAUUCUAUUGGAAAUGUAGAUAUGCAUGUGAGUGAUAACGGUGAAAAAGGAUUUGGUGAUUUAAAGGAGGCUUGUAACGGUAAAGGUAUUUUUGAAGGUAUUAGGAAAGAUGAAUGGAAAUGCGAUAAAUUCUGUGGUGUACAAAUAUGUGGUCUGAAAAAAAAUAAUGAUAUAGAUCAAAAUCAAAUUAUAUUAAUUAGAGCAUUGUUUAAACGUUGGGUAGAAUAUUUUUUUGAAGAUUAUAAUAAAAUUAAAAAUAAAAUUUCACAUUGUACGAAAAAUGACAAAAAAUCCAAAUGUAUAAGUGGAUGUGAAGAAAAAUGUAAAUGUGUAUCUAAAUGGAUAGAUCAGAAAAGUAAAGAAUGGACAAUAGUAAGAAAGCGUUACCUUGAGCAAUAUAAAAAUGCUGAUUCAGGUGAUACUUUUCCUGUGAGAAGUUUUUUGGAGGAAUUGAUACCUAAAAUUGCUGUUGUAAAUGAUCAAGAUAAUGUUAUAAAAUUAAGUAAGUUCGAUAAUCCUUGUGGAUGUAGUUUCGAGGCGAAUUCACAAAACAAAAAUGGACAUAAGGAUGCUAUAGAUUGUAUGAUUACAAAACUUCAAAAAAAAAUUGAGGAGUGUCAAUCCAAACAUAGUGUCGAAAAAACAGAAAAAGAGUGUCAAGAAUACACCCCCCCCGUUGAAGACGAUGAAGAGGACUUACUCCUUCAAGAAGAAGAAAAUACAGUGGAAGCACCAAAAAUUUGUGAUGAUGUGUUAAAAACACCACCAAAACAAGAGGAAGGAGAAGAAAAGUGUGAACCAGCACAAACAGCACCGAAAAAACCAGCAGCAGAUAGUGAGAGACAAACCCCCGAAGAAAAACUCCCUCCACCCCCGGCAGCAAAAGAAGAAAAACCCCCAAAACAAAAUGCAGAAAAAACCAAACCAAAACGAUCACCACGUCCCAUAGACGACCUAACCCCCGCACUAAAAAAGGCGAUGUUAUCUUCAACCAUCAUGUGGAGUAUUGGUAUUGGAUUUGCUACAUUCACUUAUUUUUUUCUAAAGAAAAAAACCAAAUCUACUAUUGAUCUUUUGCGUGUCAUUAAUAUCCCCAAAAGUGAUUAUGAUAUACCGACAAAACUUUCACCCAAUAGAUAUAUACCUUAUACUAGUGGUAAAUACAGAGGCAAACGGUACAUUUACCUUGAAGGAGAUAGUGGAACAGAUAGUGGUUACACCGAUCAUUAUAGUGAUAUUACUUCAUCUUCCGAAAGUGAGUAUGAAGAAUUGGAUAUAAAUGAUAUAUAUGUACCGCAUGCUCCUAAAUAUAAAACAUUGAUAGAAGUGGUACUAGAACCUAGUGGUAACAACACAACAGCUAGUGGUAACAACACAACAGCUAGUGGUAACAACACAACAGCUAGUGGUAACAACACAACAGCUAGUGGUAACAACACAACAGCUAGUGAUACACAAAAUGAUAUACAAAAUGAUGGUAUACCUAGCGAUACACCAAAUACACCUAGUGAUAUACCAAAAACACCUAGUGACACACCACCACCCAUUACUGAUGAUGAGUGGAAUACAUUGAAAGAUGAUUUUAUAUCUAAUAUGUUACAAAAUCAACCAAAUACAGAACCAAAUAUGUUAGGUUAUAAUGUGGAUAAUAAUACCAAUACUACCAUGUCACGUCAUAAUGUGGAAGAAAAACCUUUUAUUACUUCUAUUCAUGAUAGAAAUUUAUAUACUGGAGAAGAAUAUAGUUAUAAUGUUAAUAUGGUUAAUAGUAUGGAUGAUAUUCCAAUUAAUCGUGAUAAUAAUAUUUAUAGUGGUAUAGAUUUAAUUAAUGACACAUUAGGUGGAAACAAACAUAUUGAUAUAUAUGAUGAAGUGUUGAAAAGAAAAGAAAAUGAAUUAUUUGGGACAAAUCAUGUGAAACAUACAACAAUUAACCGUUUCGCCAAACCUGCACGUGACGACCCCAUCCACAACCAACUGGAACUAUUCCAUAAAUGGCUAGAUAGACAUAGAGAUAUGUGCGAAAAGUGGGAAAAUCAUCACGAACGAUUAGCCAAAUUAAAAGAAGAGUGGGAAAAUGAGACACAUAGUGGUAACAAUCACCCUAGUGAUAAUACCCCACCAACUAGUGACAUACCUAGUGGUAAACUAAGUGACAUACCUAGUGGUAAACUAAGUGACAUACCUAGUGGUAACCAUGUGUUGAAUACUGAUGUUUCUAUUCAAAUACAUAUGGAUAAUCCUAAACCUAUAAAUCAAUUUACUAAUAUGGAUACUAUCUUGGAUGAUCUGGACAAACCAUUUAAUGAACCCUACUAUUAUGAUAUGUAUGACGAUGAUAUUUAUUAUGAUGUAAAUGAUGAUAAUGAUAUAUCAACUGUGGAUACUAAUGCUAUGGAUGUACCUAGUAAAGUACAAAUUGAAAUGGAUGUAAAUACCAAAUUGGUGAAAGAGAAAUAUCCUAUAGCAGAUGUGUGGGAUAUAUAA